AAAACAUCUUUGAACAUUCACAUCAAAAACUAUUUCUAUAAAUCUCCCAAUGCUCCCCCACUGAGUCUUGGUUUUUGGAAUGGGGACAUAGAUUUGUGCUACAAAGAUGGAGCUAUUCCUUACAACAUAUUUCCAUUUGUAGCCUUAGAGUUUGCUGAGAAUGAACAACAGUCUUUCAAAAUCAUUGUAGCUCCACAGCAAUACAUUAAAUCUGUUGGGAAAAAAGAUGAUAGCAACCCAGAUGAAAUAUGUUUCAAGCUUGGUAUUGCAAACUCCACAUCAGGCACAGUGAUUGGAGCAGUGAUAAUGGAGGGGUUUUAUGUGGUGUUUGAUCGACAGAAUAACAGAAUUGGGUUUUCGGACACAACAUGUCCUGCAGUGGCCCAGAUGUAUAACAAGUCACAUGUGUCUGGGCCUCACAAGUUUUCAGGUUCUGUUGAAAACUGUGCCUAUGCCAAGCCAGAGAAAUCCAACCAAACCCUGGUCAUUGUGGCGUACGUAUUAGCGGGGAUGUGUGGAGCCUGUAUCCUGCCUUUGUUUAUUCUCUUUAUUCAGUAUCAAUGGCGGACGUCAAAGUGUUACGAGAAAAUGAAGAGACAGAAUUCUGACGGAGACUCCAAUGAUUUAAUUGAUGAACCACACUUUAUGCAGGAUUCUUAAUUAAACGAUUUUGUCAUGGUAAUGUCUACUAGUAUUAGUGAUGA